UUGAAAGAGUUUUUCCGAGCAAUCCGUGAAGGCAGCAUGAUGCUGCGCGCGUAAUGGAUUUCCCCAACACCGCUGCUGCUUAUCGGGGACCAGGAGCCGCAGCAGUCCGGGCGCGUUAAAUCAGCUCCACCACUUGAUGCCGGUGACCUUGGCUGGUGACGCCUGUCGCCUCGCGCUCUUCUCUUCACCAUGGCAUCAUCAUCACCAUCACCUUCCAACGGGCUGGACGAGGACUGCGUGUUGCAACGUGGAAGAUCUCAGAGUGACCCAAGCAGCAUCACCGAGGUCCGCUUGGGGGAAGCUCGCAGGUCAGAUGUGAUGGAUCAGCAGAGGGCGCUGCAGUCUGGUUGCCUGGUCUCAGGGGUCCGUACGCCUCCCGUCCGCCGCAACAGCAAGCUGGCGAGUCUGGGACGCAUCUUCAAGCCCUGGAAGUGGAGGAAAAAGAAAAACGAGAAGCUGAAGCCUUCAGGAACAGCUGAGAAGAAGGCAGCUGUACGGCAGAAGAGAGAUGACCUCGUCAGGCGGAGCCCCGGGGACACGGAAACAGAGUCCGGUCUGGCCUGCGGGGGCAAUGGCGAGGAUCCAGAUACCCCAACUCACUCUGAUGGGGAGGACAGAGAUGAGGAGCCUGAGGCGCCUUUGGCCAGCGCCAACGAAGAGCUUGGGAGUGAUUUAGAGGCCUCAACAGACAUGACUGAAGAUUUAAAGACAGCGGGAGACCCCGAUCAGAGGGAAGAUGGAGAAGAAGAAAGCUCCUCGCUGGCUGAUCCCAGUAAAGAGCAGGCGACAGGGAAGGUGGAGGCCAUCGAGGGGAAACAGGAGGUGGUGGCUGCCAAGCCCCAGAGACGAGCCAGCACCCCUCCUCCCCCAAACCUUCCCGUCAAACUGCUCACCAGGCUGGGCAGCCUCGAUGGCGCUCCUCUGGUGCCCGUCAAAAAGUCCCCAGCCACCUUACCCAGGAACUUCACACUCCCCAAAGACCCUCACGGCUCUCUGUUGAGAGGCAGGAUUUCCACACCCACUGGGUCCCCCCACCUGGGUGCAGUCCACCAACAGCUGCCCCCCAGCUGCAUCAUCGAGGAGCUGCACCGCACGCUGGCCAGCAAACACAGACAGGACAGUUUCCAGACAAAGGAGGCUCGCUCUUCUCCGAAACGCAGACUGGAUGGCCGUCUGUCCCGCAUGUCCAGCACAGAAAGGGAGCCACCAGCCGGGGGGUCGGAGAGCAAGAAGGAGUCUGACGAGAACAAGGAGAACUGGCGUCUGGACGAAUACUUGAGUGACCAGGAGAGCUGGAACGAGUCUGUGAUCUCUGGGACCCUCCCACGCCGGAUGAGGAAGGAGCUGCUGGCCGUGAAGCUUCGGAACAGGCCCAGCAAGCAGGAGCUGGAGGAUCGCAACAUCUUCCCGGUCCGUAGCGACCAGGAGCGACAGGAAAUCCGCCAGCAGAUCGAGAUGAAGCUGGCCAAGAGGCUGAGCCAGAGGCCGGCGGUGGAGGAGCUGGAGAGCCGCAACAUCCUGAAGCAGAGAAAUGACCAGACCGAGCAGGAGGAGAGGAGGGAAAUCAAACAGCGGCUGAAUAGAAAGCUCAAUCAGCGACCGACGGUGGAUGAGCUGCGCGACAGGAAGAUUCUGAUUCGGUUUAGCGACUACGUGGAAGUGGCCAAAGCUCAGGACUAUGACAGGCGUGCAGAUAAGCCCUGGACCAGGCUGUCGGCCGCAGACAAGGCAGCGAUCAGGAAGGAGCUGAACGAGUUCAAAAGCAACGAGAUGGAAGUUCAUUCUUCGAGCAAGCAUCUGACAAGGUUCCACCGGCCUUAGAAAGGUUUCUUCUGUGAAGAGUUGCUUGAAUUAAACUAAACCUGGUUGUCGGUGAAGACCUUUCACAGAGUCUUCCAGCACCCUGGCCCACAGUCAGUGGGUAUCCUGAUAUUUGGGUUCAGCGAACCUUUGGAGGCUAUGUCUCUAGAACUGGAUCUGCCGGUAGACAAAGCCGCAUGCAGCAAGCUCCUGCUCAGAGGAACAUGUCAGCCCUCACCACACCUGCUCGGAGGAGGAGGACGGACUGAGGUCAUGGAUUUAGACAAACAGACUUCUUUUUGUAAACACUCUUUUGAAAGACUUCCUUUUUGACGGCGCUGGGGGGAGACGUGCAUGUGACCGAGUCGACCAGUCCCGCUCCAGCACCAGUAGCUGCCUCCCCGAGCCGUGUCCGAGUCUUACCAAUUCCACUGAUGAAUUUCGUAUCGACAGUGUACAUUUUCUUGAACAGAAAUCUUGUCUGUGGACAAGACAGAGAAAUUCCUUUGUAAGCACUAUUUAUUGUCUGCACAAUACAGAUUUUCACUUCGUAA